AUGAUCACUUUUACUGAUAAGUUCCAGGUCAAGAUGGUUGGUCACGUUACGAGAGGUCUCACCUUCACUCAGCGCUGCUUCGAGUGCCUCGAGAUGGACUACACCUACGCCUGGCCCCUUCCGGUCCGGCUUUUCGCUGUCUUUUUCAUUACGGCCCUCUUCGCCAACAUGCACCCCGAUGUCAAUGCCUUCACCAAGCGUGUUGUCUGGAUGGCCGUCCACCCCUUUGCUCUUCUCAUUGGCUACAUCACCGCUGCCAUUGUCCGAGGUCUCCUCUUCAUCUUCAUUGACGGCCCUGAGAUGCUUGCCAACCUUAUCACUCGUCACCGUAACCGUGACCUCGACGUCCUCGACAACCUUGACGUUGAGAACAACACCAAGCUCAAUGCCAUCAUGGGCCGCCUCCACGCCACUGCCCCUGAGGAGUGGACCCCUGGUGGCCGCGUCUUUGACAAGAAGUACAAGCCCUUCUUGCCCGCUGAGAAGAUGAACUUUGCUGGUCCCCGCCAGAAGAAGGCCAUGACCCGCAAGCGCAACCUCUCUGUCUGA